CGGCGGGGCCGGAAGGGGCGCGGCGGCGGGCGCCAUGGCGGCGGCGGCGGCGUGGGGCCCUUCGCGCUGGUGACCAGCUGCGCCGCCGGCUUCGCGGCCGAAGAACUCGUCAAACGUAUCACAGGAAAAGAUGACCUUACUGUGGGUGCAACUACAAGUGGAAGAGUGAAUUUUUACCCCUGGACAAUAGAUAAUAAAUAUUAUUCUGCAGAUAUUCACCUCUGCGUAGUACCAAACACAUUUCUUGUUACUGGAGAUAUUGCUGAAUCCGUGCAAGCAUUUGUUGUGUACUUCGACAGCACAAUAAAAUCUGGACUUGAUAGUGUCUCUGAAUGGCUUCCUCUGACAGAAGAGUGGUUACCAGAAGUCAUGAUCCUGGUUUGUAAUAGAGUAUCUGAAAAUGGUGUUAACAGACAGAAAGCUCAAGAAUGGUGCAUCAAGCAUGGCUUUGAACUGGUAGAACUUAGCCCUGAGGAACUGCCUGAUGACGAUGAUGAUUUUCCGGAGUCCACUGGAGUGAAACGAAUUGUACAAGCCUUGAAUGCCAAUGUGUGGUCCAAUGUAGUCAUGAAGAGCGACAGGACCCAGGGCUUUGGUCUUCUCAGUACAUUAGCAGGUGCAAACUGUAGCAUUGGGUCAGAAGAGAACCAAGAUACAGAAUCCAAUCCAUCACCAGCAGACAGAGAAGAAUCCCAUUUAGACAACAGAGAAGAUGGAGCUAGCACAAACAGCAUACAGAAUGACAACAUUGUAGAUCCCAUGUUAGAUAUGGACAUUCAGGAGUUAGCCAGCCUAACCACGAGAGAUGGUGACCUGGAGAACUUUGAAAGGCUGUUUUCAAAGCUGAAAGAAAUGAAAGAUAAAGCUGCAAUGUUGCCUCAUGAACAAAGAAAACUACAUGCGGAAAAGGUGGCCAAAGCAUUCUGGAUGGCAAUUGGAGGGGACAGAGAUGAAAUUGAAGGUCUCUCCUCGGAUGAAGAAAACUAAGUUCUUCUGUAGCUGUAAGCGACAGAGCAAUCCUGAAAGAGUGGUCUUUUCCUGCAAUGAGUGUUUAUUGUGAAAAGCCCCAUUUAACUUUAGUUGCUUUCUUUGGUUAAAGGAUUCUCCGUAUCAUUGUAGUAAGUAACACAUUCCACCACACCUAAUGGUUAGAGUGGUUUUGUCUGACUGUUCAUUUAUUCUCUCAGAGAAUUUUGGAAGGCGACGCAUGCAGUUAGAGGAAAUAAUAAUUAGUUUACAUUUUUCAAAUUAACAUUUUUAUUGUUUCCUCUUUUGAGUUUAAAUAAACAAAUUUACUACCAGUUAUCUUUCUACAUAUGGCUGGUGGUUAUUAAGUGACUACUUAAUUCUAAACUCAACAUUUUAGAUGUAGGCCUGUUUGAUGUUUUUAUGUAGCUUUAUAGCUGACUUACUAGUUAAAACAAACCAGAUUUAUAUGAGCCAUGAAGAGAAAGUUGCUGAAUUGUGCCCUGUUGUGGGAUGCUAUGCCAAGGCUGCAAGGUUAAUCCUGCUGAGUGCCAAAGCUAUUAAAAAUGGCCCACAGGCUUUGAAUUCUGUUUGCAUGUGUAAGUAUGUGGUCCUUCCCUGGAAAGUCAGGUGUUGUGCCACACUCCCUGGGUUUCCAUUAGAAAUAAAAUUUGGGAUUAAAUGCAAGACAGAUUUUUGCUGCUGUUCCAGGGCUGAAGUUCCCUGCCCAAACCUUCUGCAAUGCUUGGCCUCCAAGGCCUAGCAGAAUGCACAGACCUUCUGCUGGUGAAUUCUGUCCUAAACACCUAAAGAGAAAACCUAUGAUUUAAAAACCUCAUGCUGCCACCUGACGCAUUUAUUACAGACUUACGCUCCUGUAUGUUCAUUAGAAGACCCCAGAGUACAAGUCUCAAAUUGCAGCUUCAUGGCAUCAAGGGUUAGAAAAAAUUCCUUUGUCCUUAGAUUUAGUAUAUUGUCAUCAUCUGCACAGUUGUAGACUCACUGGAGAGUAUAAACGUGCAAGGCACUAGGAAGACAAGAAGGAGGGCGCAGGCUGGCGAUGGAGGGAGAGGAGAAAAGGUAAAAGCUAUCCUAUCUCCUUUUCUAGUGCAGUCAACUGUCAGACACAGUCAGCAGCUCAGUGGAGAGAGGUAGCCAACAGAUGCCCUGCUGAAGAAUUGGGCCUUCCUUAGUGCUUGUCUGGCAUACCCUAUGAAACGGCAUGUAUUUGCCCCAAGAGCAUUUCCUUAUCGAUCUGAAAAUACUCCGUGUUAGGCAACUGUAUUUAGAAAUUUUGAAAUGAACUUUUCCAAUGUCUGUUUUUUCAUGUCAGUAAAUUUCGUGAGUCUUGAGACAGUGGCUUUCCAUAAAUUAUUUGACGGCUUUAAAUUUUGAAAGCACUUUCACAGUGGUUCUUGACAUACAUUGCUGCCUCUCUAAAGAUUAAGCAAAGGUAAAAUAAUAGGCCUCUUGGAAUACUCUAAGUCAUUUCCUGGGUAAAAACUGCAGCAUUUUCAAUUCUUAAGAAACAGAACUGAAGCCUUGUUAGUUGUUUGAAAAGCAUUUCUCAUACAAAGACUGACCAGUAGCUCCACCACAGUAAAAUACCUAUUUUUAGGACAAAAUGUUCCUUUUACAGGGAUACAUGUACAGACAUUCAAGGAAACACACCUACCAGGGCCACCUCUUGCAAACUGAACGACACAAAACAGCUGCCGGGCCUUGCUGUGACUUUGCCAUCUCCUCCCGUUCUCUCCUUCUUUUUCCCCAGCACAGAGAGCUGUAACAAAGAACUGAAGGUGGUUCCUUCCAAGUAGGGGAUGGUUUUCCAUGUUUGCUUCUGGGUAGCUGAAGGCUUUUUUUUCCCUUUCUACAUAUUUGUUGUGCAAUAGUGAUAAAUGCCAAAAGCGCAGAGUAAAUUAAUUGAAGGCAGUGAAGAAAAUAAUGCACUUGAAUACUUUAUAAAACUGAUUCUUUAGACGUGAUGUACAUGUGACAGUUUAUUUAAACUUAAUAAAAUUAUACAAAUCAAAAUCAAGUUCUUUGCUGUCUUUUUACAAAGUGGCAGCAGCAAAAUUCCCAUAAAUGACGCCUUAUCCCAGGAAUCAGAAUUACAUGUUGGGCAACACACUUUUCCAGCCUGCUACAAAUAGGAGAAGGAGAUUUGUAUGAGAGGAAAUAGAUCCUGGAAAGACUCACAGCUCUUGGUGUAGACAGUGAUGAGAACAAGUCUUUGAAAGCGCAGAGCAAGGAUUGACAGGACAGGCAAGUGUGAUUUGAUCCGAAGGAACAGGGAGCCUGGUCCAGUAGGAGGUAGUAGGCCUGAUAUUCACUGACCCGCAGGGAAGGUAUCCAUAUUGCUUCUGCCUAAGAUUGGCAGAACAUUUGCACAGAUAAUGCGUUGGUGCCGAUCUUACUAACAUAAGAAGAACUCUUUCAAACAUGUUUUUGUUGUAAACGUGUGUCUUGUUUGUAGAUGCAGUCUGUGCUUUAAAACAGCACAAUUGAUCAAGGUAGGAUGUGUGGCUAGAAGAUAGUAGGAAAUAGUUGUAAUGAUCCUUAAAGGGUAUUGUAUUUUUAAAUUAAAGUUUCCUUUGCUGGCAGCUUGUUUUUCAUUUUGUGGGUUGGGGUUUUUUUUCUGAAAAAAAAAAAAAAAGCUUUGUUUUUGGCUACAGAAUUUCUUUACAAAAUAGAUGUUACAGAAACGAAUAAAAGGGGCAUUGGUGGAAAAGCAA